AUGGCGAAGGAAGGUCAAGACAACUCGGUGGACGAACAGCACAAGAAUGCAUCUAUCAGAAUCGCGAAAACCAUCUCGAAAUUCUGUUUAGACAACUGGCUGGUGUUUGGGUUUGGUAUCGCGACACUGCUCGCAUAUUUCUUUCCAAAUGUCGCCGCUAAGGGAGGUGUCAUCCGCUCGGAAUACUCCAUCUUGUACGGCGCGAUUGCGUUGAUUUUCUUCAUCAACGGAAUGCAACUAUCGCCAGAAAAGUUGAAGCAACACAUCACGAAUUGGCGAUUGCACAUUAUUGUCCAGGGAAUCGGGUUUAUCAUAAUCCCCAUCCUGAUGCUGAUCGUGAUUCGCAUAGUGAUUGCUGCCAACGGAUUGGAAUCGGGCACCAUUGACAUCACGAUGCUGGUUGGCAUGGUCGUAGUGAGUGCCAUUCCGACUACUAUUGCGUCCAACGUGGUCAUGACUCGAAAUUCUGGAGGCGAUGAAGCAGCGGCGAUCAUCGAGGUUGUUAUUGGUAACGUUCUUGGACCUUUCAUUGCUCCAGGUUUGAUUUACGCCUUUAUUCCCUCAGGUACGGAAUUCGACCAAGUAAGGCCGGCAUCUCCAUCGACUUUGGGACCGAUGUAUGCCAGUGUUAUGAAACAGAUUGGGCUGAGUGUUCUGAUUCCUUUGGCUGUCGGGCAAGCUCUUCGCUGGACUUGGUCGAGACAGGUGGAAUGGACGCUGAGGAGUUUACGCCUGGCCAAGAUGUGCUCCCUAUGUAUGGUUUUGCUUGUCUGGGCAACGUUCUCGGGCGCUUUCAAAACUGGUGCCCUUUACGACUUGCCGAAGUCUUCAGUCAUUUUCAAUGUGUUGAUGAACUUGGCUUUCUACAUGGUAUUCACGAUUGUGUGCUAUUUCGCAGCCUAUCCUCCAGACUUUCUGUGUAAGUUGAUUAAUACCUGGUUUGCUGACUCCAAGUUUGGUAUUCUUCUCCCUUCUAUCAUAAGACGCGCGAUCACAAUCAAGAAAAUGCCGAGAGAUCAGGUGGUCGCUGUUUGCCUUUGCGGAGCAGCAAAGACGCAAGCAUUGGGUAUCCCUCUUGCCGAUGCGAUGUGGGUUCAAUCAUCGGAUCUGACGCGGUCCCUCAUUCAGAUACCAAUACUUCUCUACACAAUGGAGCAGGUGUUUACUGCCCAGUUUUUGACAAUCUUGUUCCGCUGGUGGUUACGAAGAGACGCGAGUAGAUCAUCCGACGAAGAAUCGGAAGAUGCCAGGCACGCGCGAGGAGCUCAAACCAGCCCAGAAAGCACUCAUGGCAGCGAGCGAGUUGUGGGUGGUGUCAAGCGUGGCCCGCAAACCAAGUCUGGUCAGAAAGUCGUAACGUAG